AAAGCAAAACGGAUGAAAAAAAAGGAAAGUGACAGGGGCAAAAAAAUAUUUUUUUUUUUCGCACGUUAUAGGCAUCUACAUACGCAUAAACUCGCCACGAAAUGAGUUUAUAAAAAAAAAAGUUAUCAAAAGCGUCAUAUAAAUAGUGCAAAACUGUACAGAGCUGUACAAAAUUGUACAAAGAAGUACACGUAGAUGCAAGGGUCAACAGCCCCUCAUAUAUAUAAUGUAUAUGUAUGUAUGGAUGUAUGCAUAUGUAUGUUUAUAUAUAUAUAUAACUCCUGUGAAGGAUUAGAAAAAAUAUAUAUAAAACGAAACCCGCAGCAGAGCACAAGAUGACAAAAAAAUAAAGCAAACAGGGAGAAAAGCACAGAACAGAUUUCAAUUAUAGCUGCUCUUUGCUCCCACAGAGCCGUGCUCUUUUAAGCAUAUCAUUUUUAACUCUGUUUUUUCUUUACCCUGUUAUGAAAAAAAAAAAAAAAAAACUCGUUUGCUUUGCAUCUUAUUUUUAUUUUUCUUAAUGUACUGCUUUCAUAUACUUCACUUUUUUAAUUAUGUAAAUAUGAACAUGUAUGGGCUAAAACAAUUUGUCAGUAGUUCACGUUUUGCAAAAUCAGCAGAAUCUCACUUCAUACUUUAACACCUUGUUCCCCUUUUUUUUUUUUUCCUUAUCUUUUUAAUUCCCUUUUCAACAAAAUGAUGAGCACUGAAUUCUGGCCGGACUAUGAUUACAAAACCGUGGGGAAGCUCAUUCUCGAAGAUGACACCGAGUUUGUAGGAUACAGUGUUGGGUACGAAGGGUGCAAAGAGGAAGAGAAAGCUGCUCCAAAGAGGGAAGCCAUAAAAGGAAGCAAUUCCCACCAAGUGCUCGAAAAAAAAGAGUACCUGAAGGAGGAUGUGCUUUUUAAAAAUAGUAAAAUUGAAAAUGAAGAUUAUAUAGUAACGGGAGAAGUUAUAUUCAACACGGCGAUGGUGGGGUACCCGGAAGCUUUAACGGACCCGAGUUACUUUGGACAGAUACUCGUGUUGACAUUCCCAUCAAUUGGAAAUUAUGGAGUGGAAAAAGUACAUCACGAUAAUUUCGGAUUGGUGAAAAAUUUCGAAAGCAAUAAAAUCCAAAUACAAGGGUUAGUAAUAUGUGAGUAUACCAAAAAAUCGUACCACUACAAUUCGUGCAUAACGCUAAGUGAGUGGCUCAAAUUGUAUAAAGUGCCCUGCAUAGGGGGUAUAGAUACCAGGGCGUUAACAAAAAUAUUGAGGGAGAAGGGAAGCAUGCUAGGGAAAAUUGUGAUUUAUAAAAAUGCGAAAAAUGUAAAUAAGCUAUAUAAAGAAAUAAGCUUAUUUGACCCAGGGCAGAUCGACACCAUCAAGUAUGUCUGUAAUCACUACAUUCGAGUUAUCAAAUUGGGGAGGGUAAAUUAUUACAACAAUUGUAAAGGUAAGGAAGAUUCCAAAGGGGCAAAUGAUGUGAAUGAUUAUUCCCCGGAAGAAGAAGAAAAUGGUAGUAGUAGCCUCACAAAUGGCAAUGGCUAUAAUUACCAAAGUGUUUCUUCUUUCGAAAAAAUGGACUUUAACAAAAAUUCAAAUCAGCAUUCGUUACUAAGGGGUAGGAUGAACCUUUUAACCUCAUCAGAGGAGAAUGUGGACCAUUGUAGUGGAUACCAGGAGUAUAGCACCAAUGGGGGGAAGAAGGAUGCCUUUUUUAACCUACGUGGUGCGUGCGAAUAUGAUAAGUAUUUGAUAGACUUGGAGGAAAAUUCCUCCUUCCACGAUGGAAAUGUGGACCAGUAUGGCCACUACGAUGUGGAGUUGAGUCUGCAGAGGGGUGGACUCAGCGAAGGGGGCAACGAGACAUGUACCGCUAGUAUAAGCGAUGAGGGGAGUGCCCCCCAGAUGGAGGCAACGUUCAACCUCAAUAACGACUACUCCACGUACGUAAAAAAAAAAAUGAACAAGGGGGAAUUUCUCAGUCUGGUGAACAAGAGAAAAUCCGAUGCGGAAAAAAUUAUCGUCAUAGUCGAUUGCGGAAUUAAAAACAGUAUAAUAAAGAACCUAAUGAAAAAUGGCAAAGACUUACCUUUGACGUAUAUCAUUGUUCCGUACUACUACGACUAUAACAGCAUCGAUUAUGAUGCAGUUUUACUGUCCAACGGUCCGGGGGACCCCAAAAAAUGUGACUUUUUGAUCGAAACAUUGAAGAAGAGCUUACAAAAGAAUAAUCUCAUAUUUGGCAUUUGCCUAGGCAAUCAGCUAUUGGGAAUUUCCCUCGGGUGCGAGACGUACAAAAUGAAGUACGGGAAUAGAGGGGUAAACCAACCCGUUAUCCAACUGGUAGAUAACAAAUGUUACAUAACGUCGCAAAAUCAUGGGUACUGUUUGAAGAAGAAAAGUAUUUUGAAAAGAAAGGAGCUAGCCAUUAGCUACGUCAACGCUAAUGACAAAUCGGUAGAAGGCAUUACCCACAAAAAUGGAAGAUUCUACAGUGUCCAGUUUCACCCUGAGGGGAAUAACGGACCAGAAGAUACUUCCUUCCUUUUUAAAAAUUUCCUCAUAGAUAUGUUCAACAAAAAAAGAGAAUUUAGAGAACAUAUCGGACAUAACAUAAUUUACAUAAAAAAAAAAGUGCUUCUCUUGGGUAGUGGUGGAUUAUGUAUAGGCCAAGCAGGAGAGUUUGACUACUCAGGCACCCAGGCCAUCAAAAGUUUGAAAGAGUGUGGCAUCUAUGUAAUUUUAGUGAACCCCAAUAUUGCCACGGUGCAAACGUCCAAGGGGCUAGCCGAUAAGGUAUAUUUUCUACCCGUCAACUGCGAAUUUGUGGAAAAAAUUAUCAAAAAGGAAAAACCCGACUUCAUUUUGUGCACCUUUGGUGGGCAAACCGCCCUGAACUGUGCACUCAUGUUGGAGCAGAAAAAAGUUUUAAAAAAAAAUAAUUGCUUAGCUCUGGGGACAUCCCUAGAAUCCAUUUUGAUAACAGAAAAUAGGAGCAUGUUCGCAGAAAAGCUUCGAGAAAUUAAUGAAAUUAUAGCACCGUAUGGAAGUGCUAGAAAUGUAGAACAAGCCAUUGAAGUGGCCAACAAAAUUGGGUACCCCAUCUUAGUGCGCACGACGUUCUCCCUAGGAGGACUGAACAGUAGCUUCAUAAAUAACGAAGAGGAGUUAAUCAAAAAGUGCAAAGAGAUUUUCCUGCAAACGGAUAAUGAAAUAUUUAUCGACAAGUCAUUAAAGGGGUGGAAAGAAAUAGAGUACGAAUUGUUAAGAGAUAACAAAAAUAACUGUAUAGCAAUUUGUAAUAUGGAAAAUAUAGACCCGUUAGGUAUCCACACAGGAGACAGCAUCGUCGUCGCUCCUUCGCAGACGCUGAGUAACUAUGAAUAUUAUAAGUUCCGCGAAAUUGCCCUCAAGGUUAUCACCCACUUGAACAUCAUUGGGGAAUGUAACAUCCAAUUCGGUAUUAACCCCAAAACGGGGGAGUACUGCAUUAUCGAGGUGAAUGCCAGACUGAGCAGAAGUUCCGCUUUGGCCUCGAAGGCUACAGGGUAUCCUUUAGCGUACAUAUCUGCGAAAAUAGCUCUUGGGUACGAUUUGAUUAGCUUAAAAAAUAGCAUCACGAAGAAAACCACUGCUUGUUUUGAGCCCUCCCUUGAUUACAUCACGACAAAAAUUCCAAGGUGGGACUUGAACAAAUUUGAGUUUGCCUCCAAAACGAUGAAUAGCAGUAUGAAAAGUGUAGGUGAAGUUAUGUCUAUAGGUAGGACCUUUGAAGAAUCUAUACAGAAAUCGCUCAGAUGUAUCGAUGAUAACUACCUCGGGUUCAGCAACACGUAUUGCAUCGAUUGGGAUGAAGCCAAAAUUGUGGAUGAGUUGAAGAACCCCUCUCCAAAAAGGAUAGAUGCAAUUCACCAGGCUUUUCAUUUGAACAUCCCUAUGGAAAAAAUCCACGAACUGACCCAUAUAGAGUACUGGUUUUUGCACAAGUUUUACAACAUUUUUAACCUGCAGAAUAGGCUCAAAACGUUAUCGUUGGAGCAGCUCUCCUUUUAUGACUUGAAAUAUUUUAAGAAGCACGGAUUUAGCGACAAGCAAAUCGCUCAUUAUUUGUCCUUUAACAAUCCGAAGGUUACAGAAGCGACUGUGAUGAGGUACCGAGAGAGUUUAGGCCUACAUCCGCACAUAAAAGUUAUCGACACUUUGUCUGCCGAGUUCCCAGCGUUGACUAACUAUUUGUAUUUGACUUACCAAGGUGUGGAGCAUGACGUGUUGCCGCUAAACAUGAAGAGGAAGAAGAAGUUGCCUGCAGAGGGUACCGGGAAGAAGGCGAAUAGGGCAGGAAAACUUGUGCACCCUCAUAUGGCUACUGAGAUGCAGGAGAAGGAAGCGGUUAAGCAGCUGCAGAUGGGGUGCGAUCAGAAUGGAUAUAGUGAGACCUUAGGAAACGAUGUAGAUGUGACUGUCAUGAGUACAAAGGUGGAGGGAGCAGUAGGGAAGCAAGUCCAGAUGGUGGGUUCAUCCCCCCUAGGAGGUUCUAAGGAGGGUCCCCUCUUCUCCGCUGAGGGGGCACAAAUGAAUGUGCAUGCGAGUCCCUCCAAUCAGAUGCUUAGCAAAGACGGGAAGGAGGAAAAGAGCAUAGGGUCGGACGAAACGAAUGUAUUCAGUGUGAAAAAUUGCACAAAUAAUGUUACCUUCCCCAACGGUUCGCACAUCGCGGGGGGUGCCAUGAAGAAUAACGGCAUGCAAAGUACCACAGAAGCGGGGCAAAACAGCAAAGAGGCCAAAGAGUCCAGCGCAAAUAACACAAGCAAAGAGGGGUGCAGUAAGAAAGUGCCCAAUAGGGAAGUACUGAUGAACCACAGAAUGGACGACAUUUCGAAUAGAAGCUCGCACUCGACGAAUGACCAGUUGUAUUUGGAAAACUUUAACACUUCGGAUGAAGAAAUGACGAACAAAAAUGGAGACGCGCACUACCUGUCUAAGAAGAAAAGGAAUUUCUCAGAUAGUAAGGGCGCAGGAAAUCUGUACUAUCUGGUAGACUCCGUAUACAAUAAUGAAUACAAAAUGAGCAAAAUGAAGGAGUUAAUUAAUAGCGAAAAUACGGACAGUAAUGACAGUGUACAGUGUGAGCAGCGUGGCUUUGUGGUGAAAUCCGGACAAGUGGGAAGACGAUUUGGGGCAACCCCCGCGGCUGAAGAUUCCCUUCCGAUGCACGUCCCGCACUAUGCUGGUCGUAAGACCAACGUGGGUAAUGCAGAAAGUGGAAAAGGGGACAGUUUACCACAUCACGAAAUCGAAAGGGAAAGAAGCAAAGGAAGGAGUAGCAGCAAAAAAAGGGAAACCAAACUGAACAGCAGUGGCAUAAACUUUGAUGAUGGGAACAGCGACUGCUUCUCCGAACUGUCGUACCUGCGCAAUUGCACCAAAUCAAGUGAUGCAGAAAAUGACGACAUUGAUGAUGAUGAUGCAUAUUACAAUGGGGGGGAUGACGUGUACACGUGCAGCACAGAUAACGGCAUGUUCGAUGACUACGCAGAAUCGCACAACACCUUCUCCUCGAAGGAGUCAGAAGGAUCGUCCGUAUAUUCCGAAAAUGAAAAUAUCUUUAACGAAAAAUUUAACGAUAUAGGCUUUAAGAUAAUUCAUGAUAGGAAUGAAAAGGAGAAGGAAAAGAAAAAAUGUUUUAUUGUGUUAGGAUGUGGGUGCUAUCGAAUUGGGAGUUCCGUCGAAUUUGACUGGAGUGCUAUCCAUUGUGUGAAAACCAUUAGGAAGUUAAACCACAAGGCAAUCCUCAUAAACUGCAACCCAGAAACGGUCAGUACAGACUACGACGAAAGUGAUAGACUAUACUUUGAUGAAAUUACUACAGAAGUUAUCAAAUUUAUUUACAGUUUUGAAAAGAGCCACGGGGUUAUAAUAGCAUUCGGAGGGCAGACAUCCAACAACUUGGUCUUCAGCUUGUACAAAAAUAGUGUUAACAUUUUGGGGACCAGUGCAAAGAGUGUAGAUUGCUGUGAAAAUAGAAACAAAUUUUCCAACCUUUGUGAUUCUCUCAAAAUCGAUCAACCUAAGUGGAACAAAUUUACCAAACUUUCCAAAGCUAUACAAUUUGCCAAUGAGGUAAAGUUCCCCGUUUUGGUGAGACCAUCUUAUGUCCUCUCCGGUGCCGCCAUGAGAGUUGUAAACUGUUUUGAAGAAUUAAAAAAUUUUCUCAUGAAAGCUGCAAUCGUUAGUAAGGACAACCCGGUUGUCAUUUCUAAAUUUAUUGAAAAUGCGAAAGAAAUAGAAAUUGACUGUGUGAGCAAAAAUGGGAAAAUUAUCAACUAUGCCAUUUCGGAGCAUGUCGAAAAUGCAGGUGUCCAUUCGGGAGAUGCCACUUUGAUACUCCCUGCGCAGAAUAUUUACGUAGAAACUCACAGAAAAAUAAAAAAAAUUUCGGAGAAAAUUUCCAAAUCGUUGAACAUUUCUGGACCGUUUAACAUUCAGUUCAUUUGCCACCAGAAUGAAAUAAAAAUUAUCGAAUGUAACUUGAGGGCGUCUCGAACCUUUCCCUUCAUAUCCAAAGCCCUAAAUUUGAACUUCAUCGAUUUAGCUACCCGAAUUUUAAUGGGUUAUGACGUGAAGCCAAUUAAUAUAUCCCUCAUAGAUUUAGAAUACACUGCUGUGAAAUCCCCUAUAUUUUCCUUCAACCGACUGCACGGAUCUGAUUGCAUCCUCGGUGUAGAAAUGAAGUCCACCGGGGAAGUGGCAUGCUUUGGUCUCAACAAAUACGAAGCUUUGCUAAAGUCUUUGAUAGCCACUGGCAUGAAACUGCCCAAAAAAUCCAUCCUCAUAAGUAUUAAAAAUUUGAACAACAAGCUAGCCUUUGAAGAACCUUUCCAGCUGCUCUUCCUAAUGGGCUUUACCAUCUACGCAACGGAAGGAACGUACGAUUUUUAUUCGAAAUUUCUGGAAUCCUUUAACGUUACAAAGGCGUCCAAAUUUCACCAGAGACUCAUCCGAGUGCAUAACAAGAGCUCCGAAAAUCUGAUGCCCAACAUUACCGACUUGAUUAUGAACCACAAGGUCGAAAUGGUCAUCAACAUUACGGACACGCUCAAAACGAAGGUCAGCUCCAACGGGUAUAAGAUAAGGCGCCUGGCUUCGGACUUCCAGGUGCCCCUGAUAACGAACAUGAAGCUGUCCUCGCUGUUCAUAGACUCCCUGUACCGCAAGUUCUCGCGCAGGAAGGAGAAGAAGCCCUUCUACACCAUCAAGAGCUACGACGAGUACAUCAGUUUGGUGUAG